GUGGAGGCGGCGGCAGCAGGAGCUGCUGCUGUUUUGCUACUUCAUGCUUAUGUUGAGGAGCUGUGCAGGAACGCAAAAGGAAGUAGAAAAGGAGAACGAAGAGGAGCGUCUGCCCAGCAAAUGCGAAGAUGUGGGAGGUAAUAUUUUACAAAUUGGAAAACUGAGGCAGACAGAGGCUAAGUGAAUUGGCCAGGGUCACAGCCAUGUGCAAAAUACUGAGCUUGGAGCUUCAGGGAGAGCUGAAUCGGAGCAGCCAGUCUCGGGAAUUGCUAGAACUAGGCCAGGUACUAGAUACUGGCAAGAGGAAGAGACGAGUCCCCUACAACACUUCGGAGAUUCGUCUGGAGGAGGCCCUUGAAAAGUUGUGUGAACGGAUUCUAGAUUAUAGUGUCCAUGCUGAGCAUAAGGGCUCCUUAAGAUAUGCUAAGGGUCAGAGUGAGACCAUGGCAACCCUGAAAGGCUUGGUACAGAAGGGUGUGAAAGUGGAUCUGGGAAUCCCUUUGGAACUGUGGGAUGAGCCCAGUGUGGAGGUUGCAUUCCUCAAGAAGCAGUGUGAAAUGAUGUUAGAGAGGUUUGAAGAUGUCGUUGAAGACUGGUACUUCCACCAUCAGGAGUUGCCACUACAGCAGUUCCUCUGUGAGGGGCAUGUACUUGGGAAGGAAGAGGCAGGUUGCCUUCAAGAAACCUGGACUGAGGAAUCAAGGGGAGAACAGAAUGAGAAGGGCCUGGAAGAAAGUCUAGGACAACACCCCCAUGACACUGCAGAUCUCUGACCAGAGUCAGGCCUACUAUCACCUCCUUUUUCCUUAGAUCACCUUUAAAGUUAGUUUUUUUUAUAUACACAAAUAUGUACAGACAUAUAUAUCACAUAGAUCUGAAGGUGAUGGCACCUUUACAGCUAUACUUUUUGCCUGGCCACAUUUGGAGAUUUUUAUCUACUCAAAUGUGUCCUCUAAGGUUGAAGACCACAGAAAUGAGUGGCAGGGCAAGGCCAUAGUAUUUUGAAAGGAAUUUUGGAGCUCCAAGAUGUUUUCAGACUUGCAACUGUGCCAGCACCUACCCUGCACAUGUUUCUAGUGGGAGGUUCACAAGAUCUGUACCAUCUUGGCAGAUAAACUAAGCUGUAAAGGAACUUAUGGAGGUCACUAACCAUUGGUGCUUUUCUGUGUGUUGGGGUGGGGAGGGGGUGAGGAGUGGACAGUAGGAUGGAGCCUAUGGAAGGAGAAAGCAACCAAUCUAUCUAGAGCCAUGUGGGCAAACCUCUGGCACAUGUGCCAGAAGGGACUGCUCCUCUCCCCUUUGCCUUAUGCCUUAAGGAUAUUUCUCGUCACCUACCCCUCUGCCUAAUAGCCCAAUGGGAGUGCUUACUCCCCCCCCCCCCCCAUCUGGGGUAAGGUGGGGCUUACAUGAAGCCUGAGGGUUGCAGUUUGGUCACUCAGUCUCUAAAUAGUUUUGCCAUCACUUACUUAGAGGAUCUAGGAAAGACUCUGCAUGUGCAGUUGAAGAUACUGUACUCUGCAACCAAUGAGCAUACAAAAGUGUCAACCUUGAUCAGGGGUUCUUAACUUGGGGAGAGGGGAGUCUAUGGAUUUUUUCCUAACGUUUUGAUAAUUGUAUUUCAAUAUAAUUGGCUUCCUUUGUAAUCCAAUGCAUUUUUUAUGCAUUUAAAAACAAUCUGAGAUGGGAUCUAGAGGCUUUACAAUCUGCCAAAGGAGUCAGUGACCCAAAAAUGGUUAAUGAUCUUUGUCUUAGCAGGUGAGAGGGAAAAGUGAGUUGAAGGCUGAGGAGGCAAGGUAGGAGUGUCAAAGAUCCCAUCUUGUUGCAGAAAGGAUAAAUCAAAUCAGAAUAAGAGAGGGCCCACCCAGAGGACUGGGGUAGGGUUGACCAGGGUGGUUGGCAGAGUUUUAUAAAUAGCCAGUUACCUAUGUGCCUUUUACUCUUUUCUCCCUCAACCUAGAACACUUCUGGCCAUGAACUUCCAUGAAUAGAUAAACUCUCUGGAUGGGGACUUGCUCCUGGGAAUUUCAUGGGACACCUAUUCUAUGGUGGCCCCUUUCCUAAGUUACUCAGAGCCCCUAGAGAACUGAUGGUUCUGUCACCUUCAUCCUGUUCCCCAGCAGAAGGGGAACUCGGGAAGUCCUGUGAGGGGCUAUAACACACUGGUUGUGGGAACCCACAAGGAUUCAGCACUACAUAGGGAACCUCCUAGUUUCUGUAUCUGCUUUCUCUAUGCAGACAGUCAGGUCACUCAGUGGAUAGAGUGUUGGGCCUAGAGUCAAGAAGACCUGAAUUCAGAUCCUGCCUCAGAUACUUACUAUAUAUAUAACUCCUGGGUGAGUCACUUAAAUUUUGGCUACCUCAGUAUUCCUCAGUAAAAUCAGGAUCAACAAACCUAUCUCCCAAUUUUGUUGUAGAGGUCAAAUGAGAUGAUAUUUCUAAAGCACUUAACUUAGUGCCUAGAACAUAGUAGGCACUUAAUAAAUCCUCCCUUCCUCUCUCCCACCCUACCUUAGCCUCUAUCUAUCAUCAUUGACUGAGUGAGGCACAGCUUUUGCAUUUGGUCUCAGAAAUAGAAGUAUGGGGCAGCUGGGUAGCUCAGUGGAUUGAGAGCCAGGCCUAGAGAUGGGAGGUCCUAGGUUCAAAUCUGGCCUCAGACACUUCCCAGCUGUGUGACCCUGGGCAAGUCACUUGACCCCCAUUGCCUAGUCCUUACCACUCUUCUGCCUUGGAGCCAAUACACAGUAUUGACUCCAAGAUGGAAGGUAAGGGUUUAAAAAAAAAAAAUAGAAGUAUGCGUGACUCCUGACCACAUAAGUGAUAGGGAUAUGAUCAUGGUAGUGACUAUAACAGUCUUUGGCACUAUGGUGAAGAAAUUCAGCAAAGACCUUGUGGCUCAGUGGCAAAGCUGUGAGAAGAUACUAUAUGCUGCUGAUAGGGUGGUACCUGGACAUGAAGGAUAACUUCUGAAGGUUUAAGGGACAUUAGAAAGCAAGGAAAGGAGCAGCCAACCAUGGAUGGGUGUCAGAAUCCAAAAGACAAGUCAUUUACUGACAAGUACAUGAAAGACCUGAUCAAUAAAGCCUCCCCAAAGGAGGGGAAAAAAAAGUCCUCCUUGCCCCAGGGACUGACAUCCAUACAACAGGCAACCUUGCUUUUUAGGGAUCUCUGGAUUUUGGCUAUGCCAUUCCUAGGCCUUUUCCUUUCGGGGUUUGUUUCAGAUGUUUCUGUCAGUGGGUUCUAUCUUUACUUUGCCUUUUAGUUCUAAGAGCCAAGUAGUUUUCAUUCAUUAAGCUCCUAUUAUUUGCCAAGCAUUGGAUAGUAUGAGUAGACAUUCUUGCUUUAUACUUGUUAAUGGGAUACCAUCUGUUUUACAAAAUACCAUCUCUUAAUUUCAAAUAAAUAUAUUUUUUAUCAUCUUUAGGAAAAAUCCUACUAUUCUGAUACAUUGCUGUUUUUAAGUUGACUAAGCAUAAUAUUAAGUUUUUCUGAAUAUAUUGGUUGUUAUUAGUGAUUGAUUGAUUUAAUCAUUAAUAUACUUUGAUGUGCUCAUUGCUUUCCAAGUUUUGAGCCCUCCUUUCAUACCUCAUAUAUAUUUUCUUGCUCAUAAGGUACAGUGUUCAGAUACAUUGUCAUAUUCAUUUUGUAGAAUUCUACUUAACAUUUGUGCAUUACUCAGUUUUAAUAUUGUCUUUUAACUCUACUUCUUUACCUCCCUAUAUCCAAGCAAUCAAGAACUUAUUUGCCUCAUAAAAAGAAAACAAUUUUUUCUAGUUUUGAAAGAAACACAUGUAUAUAUGUAAAUGUACAUGUUGCAACAUAUAUGUGUGUAGACAAAUUAGGCACUUAAUACAUUUUUAUAUAAGUACAAUUAAUUUAUGUAUAUAAAUUAUAUAUUUGUACUUUUAAAUUUUUUAUAAAAUACACAUGUAAAUUUAGUCUUUAUAUUUUUUAUAUGGUUUAAGCUAUUUUUUGUUUUGCCAGUAUGGUUAUUUUAUAGCUUUUUAUUAUAUUGGUUCUCAAUUAAGUCUUAAUCCUAUGUCUUUUCAUGGCACAGAGAAGUCUCAAAGGUUAUGCCAGCAGAUCAUUAGCUCUAGCAUAUUUUGCCAAAAUGGAAAGGCCUUGAGUAUAAUGGUGAUAGGCUGUUUGAUUUCUGAGAACCAAUCUAGUUAAGUAUAAAAAGACUCAUCAUUACUAGAUUGGCCUUUAGGUGUUGAAUUAUUUUGUCAUUGUAGCCUAUGAAACAAAGAAAAGCACAAAAUCACCUUCAGUUCUGGUGGCUGCCUUAUUAUUCCACAGUUAUGGUGGUGGAAAUAGAUGCUAAGGACAGUUUUUAGUCUAUAAACAUUAACUUAAAUGUAGGUACUACUACAAAUGUGAAAUUUUUAUCCAUUGAACUGAUGUACUAUUGGAAAUAAUCACAUCAAUGUUAAUAUUCUUGUGAUAAAUAAAACCAGUAAUAAUGUGA